UUUUAUUGUGGUUACUAUCGGUAGUAGAAAUUUUGCCAUCAUUGUCAUUUGACCUGGCCGGUUAAUAGUUCAUUUCCCCUUUAAUUUACCCAGAGGUUUCUCCUAUUGACUGCCCUAUUGUCUUUUGGUCAUUUUGCUUUUUCUAUUCUUUAGAGCCAUUGUGUUUGGCGGCAGUAUCAAACCCCACCCAAAGGGAAGACCCAAAGCUUGAACAAAAAAAAAAUGCCGGAUGUCGCUUCACUGGACAGCUCUGAUUUAGUCGGGCAUGUUGCAAUUCCCGGCCAUCCUUUAGGAGUGAAGCCCAGUGGCAAUGCUUUACUUGCGCAGGAGAAUCUUCGUGCUGCGAUUGGCACCUUCAAUUUGUUACCCGAUGAACUGAUCUUAAUACUACUAGAAUACCUUGAUGGACGGAGUUUACUGCGUAUCGGGCAGACAUGUAAAGCGUUCUAUGCAUUUACUAGAGCGGAGGAUUUCUGGAAGUCUCUUUUCAUUGGAUCCCCCCCUACCUCAUUUACAUGGAAUGGAACAUGGCGAUCCACUUAUCUCAACAUUCCUUCGUCUAAAGCGGCCAUCCUUGACUGUUCCACUUUGUAUUCAGAUGCUCUGCACCGCCCUUUCUACUGCGCUCAUAUCUCUUUGGAUCCCUACGUUACCAACAUUCCUUCCAGAAAUCAAAUCGCUCGCCUUCCGAACCUUUCUCCCGAAGAAUUUCAAGAGAAGUGGUCCGACACUCCGUUUAUCCUGACCGAACCUGUCAAGGCGUGGAGGGCCUAUAAAAACUGGACUGUUGAAUCGUUGUUGUCUGAAUAUGCGGAGACGGUAUUUCGUGCGGAGGCGGUGGACUGGCCCUUCAAGACAUAUCUGGAGUACAUGAAUAACAACUCCGACGAAAGCCCUCUGUAUCUCUUCGACCGGGCGUUCGUAUCUAAAAUGGGCCUGAAGGUCGGUCAGCCGGAUGAGGAACCCGAAGCCACAUAUUGGCCGCCACCAUGUUUUGGAGAAGACUUCUUCUCCGUCUUAGGCAAUGACCGCCCUGAUAGGCAGUGGUUGAUCAUUGGCCCCAAGCGGUCAGGAAGUACUUUCCAUAAGGAUCCUAAUGCCACUAGCGCCUGGAAUGCAGUAGUCCGCGGCUCCAAGUACUGGAUUAUGUUCCCAUCGUCGUCAAAGGUUCCUCCACCUCCCGGGGUUUAUGUCUCCGAGGACCAGAGUGAAGUAACGUCCCCCCUGAGCAUCGCAGAAUGGCUUCUCGGCUUCCAUGCCGAAGCCCGGCUCACACCGGGCUGCAUCGAAGGUAUCUGCCAGGAAGGAGAGAUUCUCCAUGUCCCCUCUGGUUGGUGGCAUUUGGUGGUCAACAUCGAGCCAGCCAUUGCGAUCACGCAGAACUUUAUUCCGCGUGCACACUUGAGCGCAGCUUUGCAUUUCCUAAGUAAUAAGGCCGAUCAGAUCUCUGGGUUCAGAAAGGACGUCCACAACCCCUAUGAACGGUUUGUGAACAAGAUGCGCGAGGCGCAUCCAGUCUUGCUUGAACAAGCAUUUGACGAGCUAAAAAAGAAAAACGAAGGCAAGAAGCGCAAGUGGGAUGAAAUUGUCCAUGGGAAGCCAGAGCAAGAAGGUGCUGGAAGUUCCUCUGAAGCAGGUGGAUUCAGUUUUGGAUUUGGAGAUGAUGGGAGUGACGUGGAAGUUCCCUGAGUCAUUGAUAUGCAUUAUGACUGAUGAACAAGACCAACUCCCGGUCAUAAAUGCAAAAAUAAUAUUGUGCGAUAUGCAGCAUAUGCUAUCAAGCAGUCCACCGCUAAGCUUUGCCAAGCUCAAAGCUUCCCACCAAUUCUGGAACCCAACAACUAUCUGAAAGGGAAUGAAUGAUCAAUGGCAAGCAACAGUCUUUGAAGCUGACAAGUUCUCCCCAAACGCAAGAUAUCCUACGAAUGCCCCGACAGCAACUGCAAGCAUGACUAACCCGUUGUACGUCAUGAACAGCAACCUGGCGGAUUAGUACUUAGAUAAAAAAACUCUCUUCAGAAGGGAA